AUCGGAUCAUUUGGUGGAUUUAUUGUCCAUCAAAUUGGUGCUCUUGUUGAGAGUUCGAGAAUCAUACUCAGAGGAAACCCUCCACCAAGACGAUGGUGCAAACACGCAGCAACGCCAACGUUGGUACCGGAGCUCCCCAUCAGGGAGAAAACAGCGCCACCGGAGGUCGGCACCCCCCCAUCACUACGGGGGAGGCAGAGGCCCUCAUCCAGAGGGUCGGAAUCACAGCUGAGCAAUUCAAGGAGGUGCUGGCGGCACUUACACCCAAUCGCGAGAUUGUGGUGGAGGAUGUGGUUGGGGGACCCGCAGGCGGGAAGGCUGGACCUGCGGGCUCUCAAGGGAAAAAGAAGAAAGUGAGGCGGUCCCAGAAAAAGAAGGCGACCAAGCCUAAUGGGAAGGCUGUGAUGGAAGAUGCGCUCUCCAGAUUGGACGAAGAGUCGUCCUCCUUCGAACUAAUGUCUGCUUUUGACCGUUUGGGAGAUCCCAAGUCAAAGAAACCCCGGACCUCUGCGUUCGAACGGUUGCAGGACACUCAGUCGGCCCGAAAGGGUGACUUAUGGGAUACGCUCAAGGAGAAAAGAGGGGAGUCCACAGCGACCUCCAAGACCGGUUUUGAGGAGCGACGAACGACGGUCGAGGACAAAGGUGCAGCCGAGCUGUGGAGAAUGUAUGAACAAUUGGAGAAGCGGAUGGACGCCCAAAAUCCCUACCGCCAGGCGGUCUUCAGCGAGGUAACACCCUUCUCAAGAAGGAUAAUGUCUUGUCCCCUCCCAGACAAUUUCAAGACUCCCCAGAUCAAGGCGUACAAUGGGACGACUGACCCCCAGGACCAUCUUGCUCGCUUCGGGGCGAACGUGGUCAUGUAUGCGUACCCAGAGGAAAUCAAGUGUCGGUGUUUCCUGGCGACACUGGAAGGGCAGGCUUGUGAGUGGUUCCACAAGUUACCCAAGAGAUCAAUAGAUAAGUGGAGCGACCUAGCCCACAAGUUCUUGGAGCAUUUCGCAUCCAGCCGAAGACAAAAGCUCCCCUUCUCGCACUUGCUCAAUGUGAAGAUUCGGAAAGGAGAGCAGCUCCGGGAAUUCAUUAAUAGGUGGGAAAAGGAGGCCAGGGACGUCCAAGGAGCGGACGACCAAGCCCUGAUCGCCAUGCUCCAAGCUGCACUCCCCCAGGGGGAUGUGCGCAAAGAGCUGCGAAGGAAUCCUCUCUCGACCUAUCAGGAGAUGUUGGCCAGGGCGAAAUACCUGGCUUUAGAAGAAGAAGACGAUGAGCCGCCAGUCCGGAAGGAGAAGAAAAGCGGGCCACCAGUGGCAGAAGGGAAGAAAAGGAAGGAUUACGUCGGGAAAGCUAUGGAGUGCAGGAUGCACCCAAGUAUUGCGAGUACCACCGUAACAGCACCCACAACACGUCGGAGUGCGUUACGAUGAAGAAGGAGAUGGAUCAGUUGAU